UCCAUGCGUAAGCUAAUGUCACAUUAAUUCAUGUCAUUUCAUUAUACCUUCAGACAGAUAAGUAACCCGUUUGAGCUGAAUUUCCUGUUCUUGGAUAUAAAGCAGUCAACAAAAUGUAGGAGGCAGAAGUUAAAAUGAUUGACUUUACAGCAAUUGCACUGACAUGAAGCAUGUUCUUAGAUAGAAAGAAAUUUCUUUACAAACAGACAAACAUACUAGAUGAACAAAAUACUAAAGAAAGUCUGGACUGACAGAGUACAAGUACACUCUGCAAUGAGUAUUUCGAUGUCUCACUAGUAAAGAUGAAGACUAGUAGUUGCUUCUUUUUAUUACAAGAAACCUAAAUGAACAAAAUGAGUGGAAAUCCGAGAAAACGACCAAGAAAUGUCUCAGAUGAUGUUGACAUCACAAGAUGCAUUAUCUGCCAAAAUGAAACAAAAUAUCCAACAACUGGCACUGAAAGAGGCAGGAUAGCCAUUCAAGAAGCUGCUGAGAUACGAAAGGAUAUAGUUCAUGAUAGACUGCUGAGAUUAGACAAUAACAAUUUUGUUUAUCAUGUCACAAAUUAUUGUUAUAAGUCAUAUACACAUAAAAAAUCAUUGCUUAAUUUAUCAAACGAUAGCACGUCUACUAAAACUGACGAUAAUAAUAAAAAUACAUCAACUCGAAUACAUCGUUCUGAUGCCAAACCAAGAAGCAAGUCACUUAUAAAGGAAAGUCAUUAUAAGACUGUAUGUAUUGUAUGUUGCCAAAUAAGAUAUAAAGGUAAGCAUGACAAAUCAAGGAUUUCAGACAGUUCCAUGGCCAGAAAUUUUCUAAAGGCUACCGUUUCCAUGCAAGAUGAUGUGUUUUUACGCACAUGUGAUUUACAAGAUGAACAUUCAGUGUUUGGCGCAAACUUGUAUUACCAUAAGCUUUGCAUGCUAAAUUACUUUAGACGAUACGAUGAUACGAGGACUACAUUGGAGUUAGGUGAUAACCGGAAUUCACUUAGACAGAGGUUAUUUAGUACAUGUGUCAGUGACUUGGAAGAAAAAAUACAAUCUAAAAGCACAGUUUCCCUAAGCGAUUUGAGGGACCAUUUGAACAAAUCACUGCCUGCUAAUCAAAUAAAAUUUAGUAACAGACAAUUGAGGAUGAUGAUAUAUGAUCAUUUUGGUGAAGAUAUUUAUAUCACUAGGGGAUCAAGAAUUUACGAAUCUGCCAAGGUAAUAUCAGCACAAAAUGCAGUAGCAACUACAGAUGUUGACCCGAAUAAUAUCCUAAAGCAAUGUGCACAAGUUCUUCGUGAUGAAGUCUUAAAAACUGAUUUUGAUCUGUGUGAUAGAUUCUGCGACUCAAAUGAACUUAAAGAUUCUUGGGACAACACAAAGAUUCCUACAGCAUGGCACAUAUUCUUCGGUACUCUCUUUAAGAUCGACAAACAAACUAAACGAAGACGGGGUUCAAAAUAUCACAAAAUAUCUACCGAUUGUGGUACCGAUGCUGUGAAUGAUAAAUGUGGAAACAGUAUUGACAACGACACAUCUAAUGAUUCUGACAUCGGGGAUGAGAAUGAAACACUCGAUAGUGCUAACGGAAACCAUGAUGACGAUGAUGAUUAUGAUGAUGAGGUAGAGGAGGAGGAUGACAAUGUCGACGCUAAUGUUGAUGAAAAUGAUGAAACCAUUCACGACCAUGAUAUUUCUACAGAUGAUGUGAUAGAUAGAGCGAGAAGAGAAGAAAAAAAAGAUCACAGAGAGAGAAAAACAACCAGAAUGAAGGCACUUUUUCAAGUGAUCUUUUUCAACCUGCACAAUGGCAGAAAAAGAACUCCGUUGCACAUAAUGAAUGCACAAUCGAUACAUGACAAAUGCAAAAACAACACUGAUAAAGACAUGCCACAUAUGAAGACAACGAUCCAGUCAAUACCUUCCUGGAGUGCGUUUAAUUCCCUCAUGUCAAAAGCUGAUGUGCCGGAAAUGACAGUUGGAUUUCUGCCAGUAAUCCCAUAUCCUGUCACUGAUUACCAGACCAUAAACACUGCCUUAAAGAACUUCCAGAAGGUAUUAGUACAACUUGACCAAAAGAAUCUCCCUGUAACAUGCGAUGAAGCAUCCUUCAAUUACGUGGACUGCAGGAACUUUGGAUCCGUGCAGGAAUAG